GCUUGCAUCAAUAUGAGAUUAUGUUAACUUAAUGUUGUGUGGUUUUAGACGCAAAUUUAAAGAAGUGAGUUGUAAAUGAACCAAAGCGGAACCGUUGACACAGAAACCUGGAGGCGGGUAGGAUUCAGUGAGAAACACAGGAAAUAGGCGCUGAAUUUCUGGAAGAGGAGGAAUGUCGAGUUUCUCCACCAAAAUACGGACCUGAGACCGUAUUUUUCGCAACGUAGCUUUGAAAAAUCAUAUAUUCUACCAACGAAGAAACGUUUCCAGAGAGUUUUGUUAAAACGAGUCAACAAAGAUGCUGAUUAAAGUGAAGACGCUCACUGGGAAGGAGAUAGAGAUCGACAUAGAGCCCACAGAUAAAGUGGAGCGGAUUAAAGAAAGGGUGGAGGAGAAAGAGGGGAUCCCUCCUCAACAACAGAGGCUGAUCUACAGUGGGAAACAAAUGAACGACGAGAAAACGGCAGCAGACUACAAAAUCCAGGGCGGCUCUGUUCUCCACCUGGUGCUCGCCCUGAGAGGAGGACACGUGCGUCCCGGAUGCCUGUAGCCGUCGCCGCAAGGCGCGACUUUCAUUUUUGCCUACACGAGAAGCGAGUACGCCGAAGACGCACCGCCGCCGGGCGCAGGGUCACCGGGUGGUUUCGUGGGCAGCCAUUUCCCUACAGCCAAACGUGCGUGAUCACGGCCCCCUCCCCCACUCUGUUAUAUGUAUUGCCACGGAGAGACGCUCCAAUUUAUUAAAGCCGCACCGGCAUAAAACGGUGCCUCAAAAUUACGCCGAGCUUUUGCUUAAGAUUUACAGCCCAGAGUGAAUUUGGCUGCCAUGGAAACUGCUGUGCACUGUCCAAGGAGCCGUGCUCUCUCACUCUCUCUGUGAAGUUGGUUUUUAUUCCACUGAUGAUAAAACAGGGGGAGCUGUGGUUUAAAGCUGUCAACUGUCUGACAUAAACCAUUUUUUUCCUGUUUUUUUUUUUUUUUUUUUCCACAAAUUGACCCAAAUAUAGUUUAAGAUAAUUGUCAGAGCCUCGUGGGCGCGUCUUUUGUGAGACACUGAUUUAGCUCAGUUAGAUUUGUGUCAUGAAGAUAUUUAAUAGUCCCGCGUUCUGGGAAAUGCACUGACUCAUCUUUUAGAUGAGAAGAUCAAUACUCUCAUAUCUCUCCGUUAUAUACGGUGUAAUGUUGCAGUCAUCAGCUUCGCAGAAAGGCCUGAUGGUACCUGAAGGUAACACAAUUCAUCCGCUAGCACCUCUAAUCUAUAUCUAUAUCAGCUGGUUGUAGCUUCAGUGAUGCAUUUAACGGACAAAUAUAAAAGUUGCAUCUCAUCUAACCCUGCACCUGGAACCCUAAAUAGUGCACUGCUCCUUUAAGUGAAAUGGAUAACUAAAAUGAAGUGUUUGGUGAUGUUGGAUCCUCCUCCUUGUUCUGAACCAUGGACCGGACAUGUCCGUUCACGCCGGUGACGUUUUGUGUAAUUAGUUUGUGCAGCGUACUUCGUCGUUCCCGAAAAAAGCCAGAGUUUACACGGAUCCUGUUCGGUUGGUUUCUUUCUUUUUUUUUUUUACUUUGUAAGCAGCGGCUCACUGCAGUGUGUGUGCUGAAAUGCGUGGAACCGAGUUUGAAUUACUUUGUCAGUAGAAUAAACCAAAUGCUGAAAAAUG